AUACUCAUGGCACCUAUAGUUUGUUCCUUCUAAAUUUUUUCUAUGCAAAUGCGCAACCAGACAUACACCAAAUGGUAAUUAUAUUAUAGGCAUGUUAAAAUAUGAGGUUAUAUUUUAAAUUCCAUUUAAUUUAUUAAUAAAUUGAGUAUUUAUGGCCUUACGCAGGAUAGUAACUAAUUUAAACAAACAAAUUUUUCAGGAGAAAAAUAAUGUAGGCCUUCUAUCACCUCUUCUGAUAAAUGUAAAUGCUCAAAUCGUAAGACACCGUAGAACUAAGCAUGUCAACCCGAAAUGGAAGACGUUGAGACGAGUUAAAAUCUUCAAAGUCGAUGUACCCAAUUUUAGGGAAAAUCCUGAUGAUCUGUCGGAGGAGGAAUUGAGAUCAAGGAUGAAAGAACACGGGAUAUUGCCUGCUAGACCAUGGAUGGAAACCGAGUAUUAUAUUAGUUCUACUGGGGCUGUUUUUGAGGGGUAUAUUCCCCCAGAAGGUGAUGGUAAAGUAUCACCAGUUUCAACGCAAGGUGCUAAGCAAAGUUUACAAUUUCUUGAAAAAAAAACUAAAACUAUGUUGUCUAUAAGAAAAAUAAAACAAUUUGAUGAAGAUUUUGAGACUAAGGAGUUUUGUAAACAUGCUACAGAUAUUUACUUGAAAAUGCACGAGGCUAUGGCUGCUGGAGAUAAAGAUGGUUUAAUUCAAUAUGUCACAGAAAGAGCUUAUCCUGAAGUUAUACAUAAUAUUCAGAACAAAUCUAUUCGAUGGAAAUAUAUUAAAGAUAUUGAACUGCCAAGAAUUGUACAUGCCAGGCAUACGGAUGUUGUAACAAAAGAAAAUAUCUUUGCACAAGUUACUGUAAGGUUUCAUACACAACAAGUGCUAGCAAUAUAUGAUCGGUUUGGUAGAUUGAUGCAUGGAAGUGAGAUUUUGGCAAAAGAUGUUUUGGAAUAUGUGGUAUUUGAAAAGCACAUGUCUAAUGAGUAUGGCUUAUGGAGAGUACAUGCUAAAAUAAUUCCAACAUGGGCACCACCUAAAGAACCUUCUAAAACAACUUUCAGAAAACAAAUUGAAGUUAGCGUAGAUACCAGUGUUAUUCCUCAUGAUAAUGAACGACCGAAGGAAAAAAAUACUGUGUCAGAAUAAAUAUAAACAUUAUCUUUUAGUCUAGAAAAUAAAGUAUAAAAAAAAUCAAAAAAAUCAAUAGAA